AUGAAUCCCAAACUAUUAAAUCAAAUGGAUUUAUAUCGAAAAUCAAAAAGUAUUUUAGGUCCAAAUGAAACUCAGCUCACUAUGAAAUCAUUACAAAUUGAAGAAACACAACGACAACAUUUCUUACGCACUAUAAACCAAAGAAAACAUCAAUCAUAUCCAAUAAAUUUUCAUUAUGAUCAAUUACUUGCUCAAUUAAUUAAAGAAGAUGGUCAUAUUGAAGUGAAUAAUUUAAUGAUUCCUAAAUCCACUGUAAAUCAACAAACAUAUCGAUGGGAUGAACUAUCAAAUCCAACAGCAUUGAAUAAAUCAAUACAACUUCGGCGUAUUCGACAUAUUCAUGAUUGUAACAAUAUCAUAAAGAAUAAUAAUAAUACUGUACAAAUAGUUGAGAACAUUUUCUAUCCAACAAAUAACAAUUCUGAUAUUGAUAUGAUAACAUUGAAUACGGAUCGUCAAAAAUCCAGAAAGAGGAGUAGGAUUAGUCGUUUCUCUCCACGAUGUUCUUAUAUUCCAAAAGAAAAAUCUUCAAGUUCAAUAUCUAGUCUUGAUGAAAAUGAAAUAGAUGAAGUUCAAAAGAAGUUGAACAAUCUUAAAUCAUUAUUUAUACAAGUUAAAAAUCAAAUCAAUUCUUCAUCCACUGACAAUGACGACAAUCAUAACACAAAUAAGAUUGAUGAAAGACUAUUACCGAAUACGUCAACAGAAGUGAACCCCCCUAAAACUGAUGUGAAGAAUACUGAAGACGGCGGAGAAAAAAUUGAUGAGUGUGAUCCAUAUCAAAAUUUGCCUAAUUAUGCUACAUUUUCUGUGAAAAAAUCACAUGAAUAUGCUGUAAGAAAUUGGUUACUUUCAAAUUUUAAUCAUAUUUAA